GGUACUAUUGUGCAAAUAUAGUAGUAGUAUAGUGCUCUGUAAUUGACAUCCUCUUCGUGCUGAUAUCUUAUCUUUCCAUCUCUAAAAUGUGUCCUAGUAAUAAGAACUCCAAACCAGCUCCGUACACUUCUCCACCUGAGGGGAAAUGGUCCACUGGUCUUUGUGGUUGCUUUGAAGAUCUCUCCACUUGUUGGGUUACCUGCUGCUGUCCCCUCAUCACCUUUGGCCGCAUUGCUGAGAUAGUGGACCAGGGACGAACAUCUUGUUUUAGCGCAGCUCGAAACUAUAUGAUGCUUGCCCAUGUUUUUGGCGCAUGUUUAUAUGCAUGCACUUACCGAGCCAAACUGAGAGGCCUCUAUUCCUUGCCACCAGAACCCUGUGGGGAUUGCUGUGUCCAUCACUUCUGCUUUUGUUGUGCUCUUUGUCAAGAGUACCGCGAGCUCAAAAACCGUGGACUCGACCCUUCCUUAGGUUGGACAGUCAAUGCUCAGAAAAUGAAAAAAGGAACCACAGCACCUCCGGUUCCUCCACCAGGCAUGACUCGUUAGGGUCUGCUUUCAUCCCUGUUCUUCAUUCAUCCUAGUGUUCAGUUUGUUCUUUGUUCCCUUUGAUGUACCUCAACAACUAGUGGGCUCUCUCUCUCUCUCUCUCUCACUCUAUUUUUUCCUCUCAAUUUCUUUUGUUGUUAAUUGUAAAACAUGCACCUUCUGGGUUGUAUGGUCUAAACUAAAAUAGCUAUGUAUGGCAAAAUAAAUGUGGUGAUUGGUUUUGUUA